ACCCUAAACUGUUUCCCAAACUUUCAAAGACUCGACAAAAGAUGGUAGAUGAGGUCACCCUUCGUCUUUUGCGCACCGUUUCGGAAAUCUCGAACCCAUCGACAUAUGACCACAGCGUCUCCUAUCAAGAGGCAGCUACUAAGUCCAACGCCGAUCUCCUCUCAUACGCACGCAAUAUCCAGUCUGUGCAUCAAGAGCGCUUCAUCCCAGCAUACUCGCAAGGCCACUACUCCCAGCAACCACUACCCGAUGAGCCCGUACUUCUAGGCGUCUCCCAGAACCCCAAGAAUCAGAGCCAAUUCCGCGAGGAGAUGGAAACAGCUGAACCGGUAAUCCAAGACGCUACGAGUGUUUCUACACCGUUGGUGUCUGAACACGACUCCGGCCAGGACUCCACGUGUGCAUCUCUGCGACGAGCCUUGAAGCGAGUCAAGAAGAGUUUGGGAUCGACACUACAGCCGUUUGGGAGCAACCAAAAAGCGCAUAGAAAGAAGGACACAAAUUUGCGAGGAUAUCAGAAGCUCAUCUGA